AUGGUGUCAUACACAACCGCACCAGGAGACGUGGAGAUGGGUGUUGAGCCGAGGACAGUGGUCUUAGUUGAAAAGAAGUCAUCCACUGGAUGGACAUGGAAGGUGUUGGGGGCCCUCUUCAUCACAGUUCUUUGUUUAGGAGGCGUCCUGCUGUUUGCAUGGUACUGGGAUGGAAGGCAAGAAUCAAUGAUGGAAACCAGAACAGAAGCACUAAGGGGGGAGGACACUGCCGAGAAAAAAGGUCCCCACGACACACUGAGGCAAUUCAGCACCAAAGCCAAGGCAGCCAUCCACUUAGAAGGGAGUUAUGAUGAUGAAGAUGAAACGGCCACGUUGGAGUGGAAGACCGGUCAGGGCCAGGCUUUUGCUCAGGGCGGCUUCCAAUUGGUAGACAACAUGAUCGUGAUCCCGCAAACCGGCCUCUACUUCGUCUACAGCCAAGCAUCAUUCAGAGUAUCCUGCAGUGAUGGUGACGAGCAGGGAGCGGGAAGACAUCUCACUCCUCUCAGCCACAGGAUCUGGCGCUAUUCGGACUCUGUGGGUACUAAGGCCGCACUGAUGAGCGCGGUGAGGUCGGCAUGUCAGCAGGCUGCUCAGGAUGACAACGACAGAGUGGAACAUGGCUGGUACAACGCCAUAUAUCUUGGUGCUGUGUUUCAGCUGAAUGAAGGAGACAAACUCUGGGCAGAAACCAACCAGCUUUCAGAGCUUGAGACCGAUGAUGGCAAGACUUUCUUUGGUGUGUUUUCACUUUGA